UCGCCGCGUUUCGCCGAAGCGGUUUUUUUUUAUUGUGUGAGUGUGGCCUGCUGAAGCAAAUGUCAAAUUUGCUCAAUCUGUUUUUUUUCUCGAGUGCCGACAACGUGUGCACGAGAAAGUUCGUUAUGGACGCAGAACCAAGCUAAGCCAGCCAGGAGGGAAGUUUUAACGACGUCACUCCGGAACAUUUGCAGCACAUUCUAUCGGUGCUGUUGCACGGCAAGCUUCGCGAAUUAGGACACACCGACACGACAAACGCGCACUUUGUGCGGCAGCUGUGCCGGGACUUUCCGCGGGAGCGUAUGCCGGUGGUUCUAGCGCCGCUGCUCAACCCGUAAUGAACACUGCCUGAGGCAGUCUGGUGAUGCAGAUCGGCUACACGUUUACGGCCUCGCUCGAAGACUGCAAGAAUCACCUGCUGAAGGUUGGUGGCCGGGAGAUAUCGGCGCAGGAUGUGGUCAAGGUUAUUUCGUCGAUGUACGUCAAGCACGCGUCGCUGGGUCGGUGGGUCCAAGUCGGAGAAACGCACCUGGAAGCCUGAGAUCUUUGUGCAGGCACUGAAGGAAGGGGUUCCGAGCUUCAACUGGAAUGAUGGCUGUCUGGCGUUGGACCAUCAGGAGUUCCUGAUCAAGGAUCGUCCCGGCCUGUCGCUUCAGCUGUGCCUUCUCGACUGGGCUGGGAU